GCCCCGCAACUUCACCCGACGCGGCGGCAUCUGGUGCGACUCCCGAGCGCUGGGGCCACGACUGUCACCCUCGGCCCUUUCCCUGUUGGCUGGAAGGAACGAACACUAAAGCGGAGGUGCACGGCAGCGAGGGGCGGUGCGUGGGUGCGGAGGUGGUACAUGCCACCCGGUACUAAGCGUCUCCGGGCACUACGAGCGUUCUCAGCAGGACUGCCAACCAGACUCCCAGAAAUCAUGCUGGUGGGAUCCCAGUCCUUCUCUCCUGGUGGGCCCAAUGGCAUCAUCCGGAGCCAGUCCUUCGCAGGUUUUAGUGGGCUGCAGGAAAGGCGAUCCAGGUGUAACUCCUUCAUUGAAAAUGCCUCAGCUCUCAAGAAGCCUCAGGCCAAACUGAAGAAAAUGCAUAAUCUAGGACACAAAAAUAACAACACUCCUAAGGAGCCUCAGCCAGAGAGAGUGGAGGAGGUCUACAGGGCCCUGAAGAACGGGCUUGAUGAGUACCUGGAGUUUCACCAGACAGAGCUGGACAAGUUGACUGCUCAGUUGAAAGAUAUGAAGAGAAACUCUCGCCUGGGUGUGCUGUAUGACCUAGACAAGCAAAUUAAAACGAUUGAGAGAUACAUGCGACGCCUGGAGUUUCACAUUAGUAAGGUAGACGAGCUCUAUGAAGCCUAUUGUAUCCAACGUCGUCUCCAAGAUGGUGCCAGCAAAAUGAAGCAAGCCUUUGCCACAUCCCCUGCCAGCAAGGCUGCCAGGGAGAGUCUGUCUGAGAUCAACCGCAGCUACAAGGAGUACACAGAGAACAUGUGCACCAUUGAAGCAGAGUUGGAGAGUCUGCUGGGAGAAUUCUCCAUCAAGAUGAAAGGUCUGGCUGGCUUUGCCCGCCUUUGUCCUGGAGAUCAAUAUGAAAUUUUCAUGAAGUAUGGCCGGCAGAGGUGGAAACUCAAGGGCAAAAUAGAAGUGAACGGCAAACAGAGCUGGGAUGGAGAAGAAACCGUCUUCCUGCCCCUCAUAGUUGGGUUCAUUUCAAUCAAGGUCACAGAACUCAAAGGACUGGCGACUCACAUCCUAGUAGGCAGUGUAACCUGCGAGACCAAAGAGCUGUUUGCAGCCCGACCCCAGGUGGUGGCUGUUGACAUCAAUGACCUUGGUACCAUCAAACUGAACCUGGAAAUCACCUGGUAUCCCUUUGACGUGGAGGACACGACCCCGUCGUCAGGCUCUGGGAACAAGACAGCUGCUCUCCAGCGGAGGAUGUCCAUGUACAGCCAGGGCACCCCAGAAACACCUACCUUCAAAGACCAGUCCUUCUUUUCAAAUCUGCCAGAUGACAUCUUUGAGAGUGGAAAGGCAGCAGAGGAGAAAAGGCCACUGUCCCUCAGCUUCAGUGAUCUGCAGGAUGGAGACUGUGUCUUCACCUCCAGCUCAGCCACCUCUCCCUCCAGUUCACACUCAGCCCAUCCAGAGAUUACCAUCACCCCUGCCGAGCUUACCCACAGCAGCCUGUCCUCACAAAAUGAGGGUACUGAGGACAGCAGCUCCGCAUCUUCCAGGAAUUCCUUGGGUGAGGACCAUGAGCCAAAGUCCUACCCGAAGAGUGAUAUGGUAGAGCCCAGGAAGCCCAGUGUGGCUAAAAGGUCUGGUACUGAGAGCCUGUUUCUGGAGAAUAGUGUUGCCGAGGCUCUCCUGCAGGAAUCAGAUGAGGCCUCUGAGCUCAAGCCUGUGGAGCUGGACACGUUUGAAGGAAACAUCACAAAGCAACUAGUGAAGAGGCUCACCUCAGCUGAGGGGCCCAUCACUACCGACAAGCUUUUCUUUGAAGGCUCUGUUGGUAGCGAAUCUGAGGCUGGCCGGUCUUUUCUCGAUGGCAGCCUGGAAGAUGCCUUCAGUGGACUCUUCCUCGCAUUAGAUCCACACAAGGAGCAGUACAAAGAGUUCCAGGACCUGAACCAAGAAGUCACACACUUGGAUGAUAUUCUCAAAUGCAAGCCGGCUGGCAGCCACAGCAGGUCCUCCAGCCUAAGUCUGACGGUUGAGAGUGCUUUAGAAAGCUUUGAUUUCCUCAACACCUCUGACUUUGAUGAAGAGGAAGAGGAUGGUGAUGAAGUCUGCCACGCUGGAGGAGGAGCAGACUCCGUGUUUUCAGAUACUGAGACAGAGAAGAGUGGUUACAGGUCAGUUCACCCAGAAGCCAGGGGCCACCUUAGCGAAGCUCUGACUGAAGAUACAGGCGUAGGGACCAGUGUGGCAGGAAGCCCGCUCCCACUCACUACAGGGAAUGAGAGCCUGGACAUCACCAUUGUCAAACAUCUACAAUACUGCACCCAGCUCGUUCAGCAAAUCGUCUUCUCUAGCAAAACCCCCUUUGUGGCAAGAAGUCUCUUGGAGAAGCUGUCCAGGCAGGUCCUUGUGAUGCAGAAGCUGGCAGCAGUGAGUGAUGAGAACCUCGGGAACAUCGCCUCUGUGGUAGAAGCCAUACCAGAAUUCCACAAAAGGCUGUCCUUGCUGUCCUUCUGGACCAAGUGCUGCAGCCCCACGGGGGUCUACCACAGCUCUGCCGCCUGCCUGAUCAAGCAGCUGGAAGCCAGCUUCGCCAGAAGCAUCAACAAAGACUAUCCAGGACUGGCAGAGCCAGUGUUCAGAACCCUGGUGUCCCAAAUCCUGGACCGAGCUGAACCACUCCUUUCCUCCAGCCUCUCCUCAGAAGUCAUCACCGUCUUCCAGUAUGACAGCUUCUUUACCAGCCAUGGUGUGAGUGACCUGGAGACUUACCUGGGCCAGCUAGCCAGGCAAGUUGCCAUGGUUCAGACUCUGCAGUCCCUGAGAGAUGAGAAACUGCUGCAGACUAUGAGUGACCUUGCACCCAGCAACCUCCCGGCUCAACAGGAAGUCCUCAGGACGCUGGCUCUGCUGCUCACCAAGGAUGACAAUGAGGUCAGCGAGGCUGUGACACUCUACUUGGCAGCAGCCUCCAAAAAUGAGCACUUCAGAGAAAAGGCCUUGCUCUAUUAUUGUGAAGCACUGACGAAGACUAAUCUCCAGCUACAGAAGGCAGCAUGCCUGGCCCUCAAAAGCCUGGAGGCCACCGAAAGCAUUAAAAUGCUAGUGACAUUGUGUCAGUCUGACACUGAAGAAAUCAGAACCGUGGCCUCGGAAACCCUCCUGUCUCUUGGAGAAGACGGGCGACUGGCGUAUGAACAAUUAGACAAAUUCCCUCGAGAUUGUGUUAAAGUGGGAGGUCAUCAUGGAACUGAAGUUGCCACAGCCUUUUAAAUUUCAUGUUAGCACUGCCUGACUGCUAUCCCAGUGAUACCUGGCCCUUGUCCUCAAGAGGGUGCUGUGAUGUGGCCAGACAGCAGAGAGCUGCCGCUGCUGCUGCUGCUGCUGCCAAUACGAAGAUCUCAAAGUCCAAUUGCACUGUCCUGUCUACUUUUCUUUAGCCCACAGAACAGGGCUGUGCAUUGUAGUUGGGACUGACAGCACUUCAAAGUCCAUCUUACCUUACUGUAGAAUUUGAAAAUAGCCAUCUUUACACCUGUUUGGAAGUUCAUCUGUCAGCUUGACCUCUUCAUGUGCUAUUUGGAUACGUGUUUUAUGCCUUGCCAUCUUUCUGCUGUGUUCUCAGGGUUGAGUGGCCCCUUAGUUACUGAAUUUUAUUUUAAAGACAAAACACAAAAAGAACAUACUGCAAAUAAAAGUUUUCUUACAGAACCUGGCAAGAUGAUCAAUUGUGAGACAGUAGGUUUUGGAGCUGAGGAGUGGCUCCCUUGGGAAAGUGCUUGCCUAGUCCACACGGAGCUUGGGUUCACCCCCAGCACUGCACAAGCCGGGUUUGCCGCCCAUACACACUCAGUACGUAGAAGCAGAAGGAGGUAGGAUCAGAAGUUCAAGGUCAUCUUCACCUACCUAGGGAGUUCCCAGGGCAACCUGGGAUACAUGAGGCUAUGGGGGGUAGAACCUAAGUUUUAUAUCUUAGUAUUUUAUAGUUCCUACUAUUUGUUUCUAUUUCCAUCCUGAGACUGUCCGUAUGGUCUAUCCAUGUAAUUUAAGAGAUAAACAGACGGAUACUGCUUCAUUAAGAUGGCACCUGUACUAUUAAAAGCAAACAAAACCUCAAAACUUACGCUUUUGUUCCUUAACCAGAGCCAUCUUUAUCACACUCUUGGGUUGUUGUUGUUUGGUUUUUCUUUUGUCUUGAAACAGAGUCUCCCUAUUGCAGUCCUGACCAGCCUGGAACAUGAUACACAGGCCAGCCUGACCUUGAACUUGCAAAACUUGGACCUCUGCCUCCAGAGCUGGGGUUAUAGGUACAAGCCACUAUGCUUAGUUUUACGUAUGUAAUUUUUUUUUUUUUUUUGCUAAGACAAAUACACACCCCAAAAUUGUAGAUUCAGAAAGAUGUAUUGCUCUUUCAGGUGGGGACCUGAACUUUAGAUGAAUCCUAACCGGAUAGAACAUUGGGGUACUGAAAGUGGUUCCUGCUUCUAUAAAAUUGACUAUGAGUCUAGGAAGCAGGAGGCCCUGAGAGCUGGAAACUACCCCGAAGUUUCCACAGCAACUCAGUACCCCAGUAGAGAGUCAGUCUCUUAGAAAGUAUGCAAGGGGUGGGGAUGCCAAGACAUCACAACAAUACGUGUGAGUGCAAUUUGAACUGUAUUCUGGAUGUGUUUGUAUAAAUACCAAUUAGAUAUUAAUUUCAAUACUUACAUUUUAGCAAGACUUUUAAAAAGGUUCCUUUUAUUUUAAAGUGAAAAUUGCUUGCCAGGUUUCUGGCAUCACAUCCUUUCAACUGUGACAUUCCACUGUACAUAUUUGUAUAUUUGUAAAUAUUAUAUAUGUGCAUAUAUCCCUCAUUUUAAAGGUAUGUUGUACAGUUAUAGUAUGUAUAGGCCAGACUCUUUGUUAAAUGGUUGAAAUGUCUCUUUUGUAGAAAGUGAAAUCACAGCUAUCACAGGGUUUUUGUUUGGUUUAUUUGUGGAUCUGAAACAUUUUUGACUAUUGCAUGGAUAAUUAAUUUCACAUCUUUUGUAUUCACUUCUGUGUUUUGCUUUCGGUUGGGGAGUGCUUUUAGGUUUGUGGUAUUUGUAUUCAUCCCUCUUUAAAUCAUGUAAGUCAAAAUAAAAAUUAUUUUUAAUUACU